AUGAUCGAGGAUAACGACCCUUUAAAAGAUAAGUCCUUAACUGGAAACAUAUCUUUAAAUGCAAGCUAGCCUGCUAUGAAUAACAAUGCAUCAAAAUACUUUAACGAGUAGCUAGUAGCUCACAAGCGGAAGAAGAUCAUCGACGAUUAAAAAGCAAAUGACAAUGAUGAUACUUUAAGUAAGAGAGCCAGUAAUAGAUCUAAAUCAAGAACUGUAAGGAGAAACCUAAAUUCAUAAGGUAGCAAGAGAUCCAAAAACUCAAGCUAUGAUGAAAUCAAUGCAAGUAGGGAAGAAUUAAUAAUUGCAAAGCAGAUAAGACAAUCAGAAGAAACACAUCAAGAAAUCCAAAAGAACCUGCUUAGUGAUUUUAACACCAGAAACGUUGCCAUUAUGGAGGAGGAAAGAGAGGAUACAACAAUUAAUCAGCUUUAAACUAGAUUCAGAGAUGUAUAAGUGCAAUAGCAAGCUGAUAUCAUUACAAACAAGAUGCCUGAAGUCUUGACUCAAUCAUGGGAGAAAGCUAUCAGAUCAUCAACUAAAUAAUUUGUCCAACAUCUUAUUGAAAUUAACAAUUAGCAACCAAAUAUUGUUAAGAAUGAAAAAUUCAAGAGAGGAGCUACUAGAUUCAUUGCUAAAAGAUAUUCAACAGAGUAAAGUGAAGAAGCUGAAUAAGUUCCCUUCGAACUGACUUAAUCCUGGGAAGAAUCGAUUCUCUAGGCCACUCAUGAAUUCGUUUAAGAACUAUUAUAGAGGCAUUUAAACUAAUCUCAACAAAGUGUGUCCGCUUUCUAAAGAGGAAAUACAGUGUUUAUCAGCAAGCAGAAAUCUAAACAGUAACUGAGCCAAGGCUCUAUUAAUACUAUCAGUGAGGAAUAAGAAGAAAACACUUCUGUUGUUAAUUUGGAAGAACAGGUACUAGAUGAGGUGAUGGCGGUUGCAAAUCUUGGUUUAGAUGAAGGGAAUGAGUAACAGCUGAUGGAAAGCAUAGUAGCUAAAUUAGAGCAGAUUAUAAUUGGGAAUGAAAUAGUUUGGAAUUCCAAUGACAUAGAAUUGGAAUUACAGAACAAUCUCAUAGAAGUAUCUUAUGAUAAAAUCGAGAGCACAAUCAUUAAUGAUCAUUUGAAAGCUCAAACUCAAAUAAUAAACAAGGAAUUCGAAUAGAAAUUCAGCAAUUUUAUCAUUGAAGAUCUGAUGGAUUAAACUAUAGAAUAGGAGUUCGAUGAGUAAGUAACAGUAGUUGAAUAAAAGAUUCAAGAAUUAGUAGACUAAUAUGAAUAGAGGAAAAAAAUAAGUGAAGACUAGAAAAGAAUAGAAGAGGAAAAAAAGAAACUGCUUGAAGACCAAUUAAAAAUUUAAGAAUAGAUGGCCUAGAUAGAAUAAGAGUAGCUCAAAAUUCAGUAAGAGAGGUAGAAAUUCCUAGAGGAACAGGAAUAGAUAGAGUUGUAGAGAUAAUUAAAGCUACAGGAAGAUCAGAGAGUUUUUUAGCAAAUGUAAAAAGACUUGGAGGAUAAGAAGCUAUCACUUCUGAAGUUAAAAAGCUACAAAAAAAGCCAAAUAUCUUUCCUUAAUGAGGAUGUUUCAGACUACAAAUCCAAAAGUAUUUUAGAGGAAGUGUCGAUGAAUGAAGAUCUGCCUAAUGAGAAGUCAGUAAUAUCAUAAAAGUAUGAGUCUGACUUUAUUCCUGGGAAUACUGAUAACUCCCAAGCUAAUCUCAUAGUAAUCAACAAUAAGAUCUCCAAAAAAGAGUUCAGUAUGGCUUUGGUAAAUGAAAGUUAAACUUAAUAGAUUUACAAAAGCGAUGAAGAUGAGUAACUAGAUGCUACAGCUACAUUUCAAGAUAAAAAUAUUUUACUUGAAGAAGCACUAGUAGAGUCAUCAUUAAUUACUUUAGAAUAAAGAUUGUUUAAAGAACUUUAUAAGUUCUUUAUUGAGCAUUUGAAGUAGGAUAUGUAUGAUAAAUUUAUAGAUUCAAUGGUAGACAAAACUCUUAAUAUAGUAUUACCAAUCACUGUACAAGAAGAAGCUAUGCAGCUUGAAAAUAAAUUCAUAAACUAUCUCUCAGAUAAAGCUGUCAAUUAAUGUGAGAGUUAAGUGGUAAGUAGCUUAGCUGAAAUGUGCUAGUAAAAUGAAUCAAAUUUGGCUGACUAGCAAAUUACCUUUCAAUAAUUAUAAAAUUCUCAAAAAUAAGAAAAGGUAGUAAGUAAAGGUACUUUAUAGAAAGUUAAGGUUAUCAAGAAAGCUAAGAUUAAAAAGAUUAGCAACUUUAACUAAACAAUGAACAAUUUAAAUCUUGAUUAAGUGAACCAAGAGCCUUAACCUUCUCAAUGGUAAAGAGUUAAGACUUAGGAAAUGAGUUCACGCCCAAUAUCGAUAAAGGAUAUGAAGAUCCAAGAUCUGUUAGAUAUUGAAUUCUUUGAAAAGUGCUUUUUCGGCAAAAAAUUACUAAUUAAAGAUCAAGUAGUUUUUAGAAUAUAUGCUAAUGAGCUGCUUGAACUCAUAAAAUCGAAUCUCAAUAAAGAUCUAAGAAGGAAGUACAAGUAGUUUAAGGAAUAGAGAAGAAAUAUGAAGAUAAAUCGCUAUAAUCCUAUUUAUGAUAUUGGACAAGUGACAAACAGAAGCGAGAGGAAAAAGAUAAAGUCUAGGUCUCCAAUUAGGGAAUUUGAUCCAAGUGUUGAGCUAGAGGGUUAUAAGAUGAUUGCAAAUUUUAGAUAAACUCUCACACCUGAGCCUGAAAGGUAAAGGUAAAUUGAUUAUAAUGACAGCACAGAGAAGACUAUUCUAAACAUUAACUUACCAGAAAAUAUAAAUAUAAAAGGAUAGAAAACCAGAAAGAAAAAAUCUAAGGGAUAAUCUUUAGAUGAUAGUAAAGGAGAAGGCAUUAUACCUAUAAUAAAUUUUUAACCGAAUCCAGAUGACACUUAGUUCUAGCAUUCUUCAGAUACUGCCAAUUUUAAUCCUAUGGAGAUAAAGAAUGGAAACUAAAGUGUACCUGAGUAAUCAAUAUUCUAGAAUUAAGCUUUAAACCUAGCUCCUCAGCCAUCAGAAGAUUAAUAAUAAACUGAUGAGUACAGUAAGACAAUUAAGAUUCGAAGAAAGAAAUAGCCAUCUUAAGUUAAGAUUAGCCAAUAAGAAGUUACAGAUCACAAAGGAAGAAGCAUAUCUAGAGGAACUUAUCGAAUUGGAGGCUAGCUCAGUCCUCCAAAGAACUUAUAACUAAAAGUAUAUCAAAAUCUAGAGACUUCUAUCAAGGAUAUUUUAAGGCAAAAGAAUUCAGCAAUUAAGCAAAUUAGAGCUAAAAGAAGAAUCAUUAAUCAUUCAGAGAGAGUUACACCUACAAUGUCUCCAACCAAUAGUAAUCACGACUACUCUAAGUAGAUGUCUAAUUACAGAAACUAGCUAGCACCGGGAACAGCAGAGUAAGAUAUGAGUACUCCAGUCUCUUUCGACAAUUCCUAGCAUUUCUAAAACUCAGAGAACUUCCAAAACAUGAUAUCAAAUUAAAAGCUCACAGCUGAAGAAUCCCAAGGAAUGAGAUAGAGAAUUGAGAAAAACCAAAUGUAAUAGCGAAGAUCAUCCACACCUUAAAUGGAGUUGGAUGUUUCUGAAGAUUAUAGAAAAUACAAACAGUAAAAUGAACUUGACAUUAUAGCUAUUAGUAAUCCUAAAAAGCGCAUUGGUGAGAUAAUAGAGAAAGCUAGGCAUUUUGUUAGGAUCGGCGACGAGUCAGAUAAACCCUAAUAUGUGUGUAAAGCUGAAGGCAGAGUAAAGGAUCAUAAUAAUAUUAAUAAGAAACAGCAGAGCAACUUAAGACCCUCUAGCCAUAUGCGCACCUAGGACAAUAGACCACUUGAACUGGCUAAGAUAGAUCCAUUUAUUUAGGAGUUUAUCAAGGACAAGAGGAUCUCGCAUAUUAUAGGAGCUGGAAAACAGUAUUAAAAUGGAAGGAGUAAAAGCAAAAAGCGCAGACAGAUCGAGGAACUUAAAGCUAUGAAUAAAACCGCAAUGACUAUGACUGUUCAAAAUUCUCCAGUUAGCACAAUAAUGAAUCACAAAAAUUUAAGCAAUAGCUUUGGAAUGUAUAAUGAUAAUAGCUAUGCCAAUAGUCAGAUUGGCUACAACAAUAAUAUGGCAAACUAUGAGGAAAUUAAGAAAAAUCUCAAAGGCAGAAGAGUAAUAGUUUCAAUGCAUGAAAAAUAAAAAUAAGAAUGA